AUGAAAUGGACAAUAAGUGUGACGAUUAUGAGCCUAGUAUUGGUCACAUAUACAAGUGCACUAACUUGUACACAGAAAGACUUGUGUUCUUGUUCACUGGACGAUGGUAGUGGUGAUAUUGAUGUUUCUACAAUCGGCAACCAGGACGGAACAGCGAUGUUUGCAGAUAUGAUCAGCAGUGAUGGUCAAAAAUACUCGCUAAACCUGUGUUAUCCAUUUAAUGAAUUAUCCUGUUCUAAUGCAGCGGCAUGUCAAGUAAUGACAGAUGGAUCGGCAAGUUACCAGAUCGGUGAUGCCUCAAAUGUAGGUUUCGAAAUCGAUAGUUUAAACCAGGUUCACGUCAAGUACACUAAUAUAGACCAGGGAUCUGGUCUUACAAGAACGACCGACGUAACAUUGGUGUGUAACCCUGGGGCGGAUCCUCCGCUAGCUUCUGCAGAUGGUGAAACUGCUCCAGGCUCUGUCACUUACUUAUUCACUGUAAACACAAAAUGUGGAUGCCCGGGACAAUGCGGUAGCGGCCCUGCGCCACCAGACCCCACCACCACUAAAGGUCCUGGUCCAGACCCAGGUCCAGGGCCUAAAACGGGAGGCUCGUCAGACGGUAUCAGCAUUGGGACUGUCCUUGUCAUUGUUGCACUGUCGCUAGGAUUUACUUACAUGGUUGGAGGUAUUUUGUUUAUGAAGAUGGUUCGCCACGCUAAUGGGAGAGAGGUUGUACCUAAUGCCUCGUUCUGGGGAAAUUUACCUGGUCUUGUCAAGGACGGCUUUGUAUUCACCAUUGGUAAAUGUAAACGUGGAGGAUACAGUAAAAUGUGA